UCCAACCUUCGAGGAGCCCGUAGAGACGAAAUGGCCCCGAAAGGCAAGGGCGACGCGAAGGCGGUGGCCGCCAAGGCUGCUAAGGCCGUAAAGAAGGGUAGCUUUAAGAAGUCACGGAAGCCACGGUUCUCAGUUGUUUUCCACCGGCCGAAGACCUUGAAGCGGACCCGGGAGGGCAAGUACCCCAGGAUCAGCACGCCUUCGCUUCAAAAGCUUGACCAGUACGCUGUCCUCAAGUACCCGCUGACGACCGAGUCGGCAAUGAAGAAGAUUGAGGACAACAACACCCUCGUCUUCAUCGUUGACCUUAAGGCCAACAAGAAGCAGAUUAAGGAGGCUGUGCAGCGCAUGUACGACAUUCAGACCAAGAAGGUCAACACUCUGAUCAGGCCCGAUGGGCAGAAGAAGGCGUACGUCUGCCUCACGGCCGAUUAUGAUGCCCUGGACGUUGCCAACAAGAUUGGCAUCAUCUAAAGCACUCGAAGGAGCUGGGAAGCGGCGAGUGGCGACUGCAGUAUCGGUUGUAACGCUGUGCAUGUGAUUCCAUUUGCUUUCUUUUCCGCUCCUUUUUCGCCAAUGACCAACGAAAAGCUUCAGGCAGCCAACGCACCAGCAAACUUUGCAGACAGCUGUUGUAUCAGCACUGGUUUGUAUUCAGCGGCAACCUGGCUGGACUUUGGAAACCAAUCACAGCAAGGGCGGAGGAAUCGAGUGGUUACCGGUUACAUAGCUAUCGGUGUGGUGGUUACACAUGCAAACAUCCACGGAGGAUGUCAAGGUGCCUUAUUGGUUGAAAACACAUACUGCAAAGGCAG